AUGAUGAGGAUCUUCCUGCUGCUUCCAUGGCUGUUCCAAGCCACUGCUGCAAAUCAACGCGAUUUCACAGCACGUCUAGUUGCCACAGACGUGCGAUUCAUGCGGGGAUCCCAUCUCGAAGCUGAUGACUCACCAACUCUGCCGGCCUACGAGCGCCAAGUUCGGCACAACAUUCGAUAUUUGAAAGAUCGCGGCGUCACUGUCGAAGAAGGUUGGAAUUUGUUGCAGGCCUAUGACAUGUGGAACGCCAGAAUUGGCUUGCCGCAUCCAAGUGUCAUACUGCUGGUGGGCAUCUGGAACCAUGAAGUCGACGAGCGAGGCGCAAUUUUGGAGGGCGCGCUUUCAGGCCGCCAAUUUCUAGGCCUGGCCAUGGAAGCAUUGAAGGCGCAGUUCCCGGAUUCGACCAUCCUAGCCGUGAAUUCCUUGCGCCAUUUGAACCUGACCAUGGGUCCCAUGUCCUUUCUGGGCUUCCCCUUGAAGGAAGGCCACGGCAUCGAUAUGCUCAGGUUCCCCCAUGCGGUGCCCAGUAGAGACCCUCUGGGCCUUGGAGUGGUGGCCACUGGGCAGGUUGAUGCUCUCCACCGCUUCCUAGUCCGCACAGGGCUGCCGCAUUCCUCCCACGCCUUUGACAUCAUGGCCUACUUGCACGCAACGGUUUCUGCCGGCAAGAAGGUUUUGCAGUUGGGAGGCAAUCGUUUCCAAUUUAUGACGGCGUUUCUCAAAUACAUGGACGCGCAGUUCUGGAAACCUUCAGACAUCUCUGGGCUGGCACAUUCCUCGUCUUCGCCAUUGCCUACCAGGGUAUCUUGCGUUCCUUGCCAGGAUUGCAAAGAUGGAUCAGGUCCGUCGGCCCCUUUUACUUUCCCGGAGCUCGUGGCCUCCCAAGGCGAUCCAUCAGCUGACGCAGCUCUCGCUUGGCUGGAUGCAAUACCCCUGAAGCUCCUCGAGGAGCAGAACGUGUCCUGCCAGGCGCUGCGCGACGAGCUGCGACGCUCCCGGCAGGACGUCGGUCCCGCUGUUCCCAGAGUCGGGCCAUGGUCCUUUCCCGUAACACGCUGGUGCACCGUCUACAUGGGUGCCAGCUACGGCUCGGACGGCGCCUACCGCGCAUCUGCAGAACGCUUUGGGCGUCUCUUGGCUCAGAAAGGCAUCGGACUACUUUAUGGCGGAGGGAAUGCAGGCUUGAUGGGUGCCGUGGCAGAUGCAGUGCUGCGAGAGGGAGGCUACGUGAUUGGGGUUCGCCCUGCUGGCAACCUGCUGACUGCAGAGCAUGAGCACAAGGACCUGUCCCACAUGAUUUUUACAAAAACCAUGCAUGAGCGCAAGCAGACCAUGGUCGACUUGGCCGACUUCCUCGUGGCACUCCCUGGCGGCCUGGGAACUCUGGAUGAGCUGGCCGAUGCCGUUGUUCUGGCGCAUCUUGGCACGCACAGCAAGCCUGUCUUCCUUCUCAACACCAACAGCUUCUGGACGCCUCUCCUCAAGUUUUUGGACAACAUGGCGGCCGCGCGGUUUCUUAAAGUUGGGCGCUGGGACGAGUUGGUGGAAGUCGUCGAGAGCGCCGACGAGUUGGUCCUGCGGCUCCCUGUGGCAACCGGGACCCCCGAAACCGUCGAAGCUGAGGCCGAAGCAUUACAAGCAACCUUCUUGCAGCUACAGGUGGGCACGGAGAUCACCACGUUCACGGAGGUUGCCUCUUGUCCCUUUGAGGUGGGACUACUGCCUGCCCUGGCAAUAGGCUGCAUCACCUCGAUCGUGACUGCCCUGUUCGGGGUGCAUUCGAGAUCGGUGUCCUCGGGUCGAUGCAUCGUGGAUCUGUUCAUGUUGAUUACGGUUCUGGCUGCGACGUCUCGCAUGAUCAGCGUUCCAGACUCGCACGCCCUGUCUCUUGCGCUUGGCCAGGGGGCUUCCUGGUCAGGCCUUUACUUAGGAAUCUCCAAGUGGGGCGACAUGAUUGGAAACCUGAUCUGCGCCUUCCCGCUGCACUACUGGCCUGACUUUUGGCGGACCAGCAGUCGCCAGGCGAUGAUGUGUGGCCUUGGGGUCAUGUCGGUUGGCUCUGCACUCUGCCUUGUGACGCUGUCGCAGGUAGGACAUGUUGGAAGUGAAGAGAACUUGAAGCUUGCCAUCUUACUCUGUGUGAGCCGUGCUGUGAUCGGAGUAGGGAAUGGGAUGGUGACCCAGCUGGUUAUUGUUCUCUUGGCCAAGCUCACGCCGGCAGAGGACCUGCCCUCAGAGUUUCAGAGAGCCGUUUUCUACGUCACUGUGGGGACGGGGCUGGGUCCCUUGGCCGCUGCGGCCAGCUACAAAAUCGAUGUGUGCCAGAGUUCCGUGCCUAAUCCCCCUUAUCAGUUCAAAACGGUGGGGAUCGUCCAGUUGAUUCUACUCUCUUCCGGCUUGUGCGUGGUCAUGCUCUUCUACCCAUCUUUCAUCAGCAGCAAAGACAUCCAGAUCGCAUCAGACCAGGAAGCAGAAAGUACCCCUGUGCCUCUUUCCAAGAAGCUGGUGAUUCUCGCCGGCUUGGUCCUGUGCGCCUUGCGGAGCUUCGUGGCAGGAUCCGUGGAGGUGGGUACCCCGCUGCUAUUGGAAGACCGCUUUGCUUGGAGUAUUGCUUCCACUGGUUUCAUCACAGGCCUGGCGUUCUUGAUGGGUCUCCCCGUCCGGUUGGCGCAACUUACCUUGGGAAGCCGCUUAAGCGAGGUGGCUUGGAUCCGCCUGCUCACCAUCUUUGCGUCCCUGGGCACCCUGUUGCUCCUGCGUGCGGCGAGUGGGCUGAUUCCUGGCGGCUACGCGCUGGUCCUUGGGGACAUGAUCAUCUUCCCAUGCAUCUACCUGAGCGAAGGACUCACGCAGGGGUUGAUGAUGCGAUUUGUGCCUCACGGAGGCUCCAACUCAUUUUUUGAGGCAAGCUCCAUUGCUUUGAUCAUGGACAUGCUCAUCAAUGCCUUCCUGGGCCUGGGUGCCGUGGGAGCCAGGAGCAUCAUCGAGGCUGGAGGAGAGCGGGGGCAAGACUUCAACGCCGGCAUGCAGUUGCUCUGCUGCCUCGCUUUUCUUCUCAUCUUCGAAGCUGGCAUGGCAGGCAUGGCGCAAGUCGACAAGAGCAAGUGA